AUGUUCCUUUUAACCUCACACAGGGUGGUCAAUACUAUUAUAGCUCUGUCGUUCUCCUUUUAUGUCUCUGCCGAUUGGUUCACGAAUCCUCCCAGCUUUUUGAAGCCCGAGUUAGAUGCGACGGACAAUCAGAAGCUUCUGGACCUUAGCACCACCUUCACGCUUGGAGAAACGGUUGUGAUUUCGUGGAAUGUCCCGUUCUCCACUGUGCCUUAUGUCUCCUUGGCAUUGCACCAUUUUGAUGUCAGGAGGGAUAUCGUCCUCAAUGUGUUUAUAUCAAACGACCCGAACGAGGGAAGUUACAUCUGGACUAUUGGCGAUAAUGAUAAGAUCACCGAGGAAGAAUUAGCUAUUAGCCCAAACUUUAGCUUCCGACUCCUUGACGUCUCUGGUACACAUACUUCGACGGGUAAUCCUCCAGGCUUCGUGGACCAUACUUUAACUAGCCGAGGGUUUGUUAUCAAAUCAAAUCGAACGGCUUCAACGAGCACUUCGAUUUCGGUUUCAUCCACAAGUGGGCUCUUAAGUGAGCCCAUAAGUGAGCCCAUAAGUGAGCCCUCAAGCGAGCCCACAAGUGAGCCCACAGGCGAGUCCUCAAGUGAGCCCACAAGUGAGUCCACAAGUGAGUCCACAAGUGAGUCCACAAGUGAGUCCACAAGUGAGCCCACAAGUGAGCCCACAAGUGAGUCCUCAACAACUACAUCCGCUAUAUCGAACACCGUCUCGACGGUGAGCAGCCUCGCCGCAUCGCCUACGCAAUCGACAGCAACAACCUCCCCAUCUGGCCAUACUACGGGAGAUAAGGUCGCCAUAACCCUCGGUGCCUUCUGGGCCCUCCUUGUCGGCCUGUUGUUGUAUCUUUACUUCCAACAUCGAAGCCAGCAGAAGCACCGUGCACAAAACUCGAACGUUGAAGGAUUCAGUGGCCUGAAGCCAGAACUUGAAGGCAAGGGCGUGGCCUUUAUUGUACCAAAGCCAGACGUUCACACUGCUGAGCUCCCAGAUAAUAACCUUGAAACUCCCACUGCGGAGCUUAACCGAGUAUAG